AUGAGUGGCAACCUAAGCGAGGAUAAAUUGGUGGUGGACUCCUCCGUCGACUACCUCCGGCGUCCUCCCCUCCGCGCCACGACGGGGACCUGGAAGGCUGCAAUGUUCAUCAUACUGAUAGAAUUCAGUGAGCGAUUGAGCUACUUCGGGAUUGCCACCAACUUGAUGAUCUACAUGACCAAGGUGCUUCACCAGGACAUGAAGGUAGCGGCCGAAAACGUGACCUAUUGGGUGGGUGUAUCUACAGUUAUGCCCCUCUUCGGUGGCUUGGUCGCCGAUGCUUUCAUGGGCCGCUUUGCCACUGUCAUAUUAUCAACUGGCAUCUAUCUCAUGGGUUUGGUCCUGCUGGCAAUGACACAAUUGCUACCGGGCCUGAAGCCAACGAGUGCAUCACCACAGCUCCACGAGACACUUUUCUUCGUGGGGAUCUAUUUACUAUCAGUUGGCACCGGCGGCCACAAGCCUGCUCUCGAGAGCUUCGGAGCGGACCAGUUUGAUGACGGCCACGCCGGGGAGCGGCUGCAAAAAAUGUCGUUUUUCAACUAUUGGAAUUGUGCCCUAUGCUCAGGAGUCAUCCUUGGCGUCACCGUCGUUGUCUACCUACAGGAGCGCGCUGGUUGGGGCGCUGCAACUGUCUUGCUCACCAGUGUCAUGGGUGUCUCCCUCAUCGUCUUCCUUGCUGGUUGGAAGAAAUACCGGUACAGGCCGGUGCGCGGAAGCCCGCUCACACCGCUCGUGCGGGUCAUGGUGGCCGCUGCUAGGAAACACCACCUCAAGCUCCCAGCAGACGCAAACGAGUUGUACCAGGACGACGAGGGCAAGAUGAGGAUGGUGCUCUGCCACACAGACAAGCUCAGGUUCCUCGACAAGGCAGCAAUCAUGGAGCGCGGGGUUGAGGGGGCGUGGCGGUUGGCGACGGUAUCAGAGGUGGAAGGGACAAAGCUCGUAGUGUCUAUGGUUCCCAUCUGGGUGGCGACACUCGCGUUCGGCAUCACCGCGACGCAGGUUUCCACGUUCUUCAUCAAGCAGGGCACCACCAUGGACCGUCGCCUCGGCAUCCACUUCAUCCUCCCGCCAGCAUCCAUCUUCUCUCUCGCUGCCGUCGCAAUGAUCGCCACCGUGGCCGUCUACGACUGGGUUCUUGAGCCUUGCCUGCGCAAGCGCCGCAAGAACGCAGAGCGUGGGAUCAGCAUCCUCCAACGCAUCGGCAUCGGCAUGGCCUUCACAGUGGCAGCUAUGGUUGUGGCCUCUAUCGUCGAGCGUCGCCGCCUACACAUGACAUCACCGACAAUGAUGUCUGUAUUUUGGUUGGCGCCUCAGUUCGCGCUCAUGGGCAUCGGCGACGGGUUCGCUCUGGUGGGGCUACAAGAGUUCUUCUAUGAACAAGUACCAGACACCAUGCGCAGUCUCGGCAUCGGGCUCUACCUCAGUGUCAUCGGUGCUGGGAGCUUCCUCAGUAACCUGGUGAUCAAGGCGGCGGACCGAGUUAGCUCGCGUGGCGGCCAUACCGGGUGGUUUGGCAAGGAUCUGAACAGGAGCAGGCUUGACCUAUUCUAUUGCCUGCUCGCUGGCAUCGGCGGUGCCAACCUCUGCUUCUACAUCCUUGUCGCCUCACGGUAUUCCUAUAAGCAGACCAUCAAGACUGUCAACGACAAGUUCGACGAAGAUGUCGAGGUCUCCACCGCAACGGCUGCUUAA